GCAAUACUCCACGAGCAUCACUCCGGAGACAGCCGAUGAUCCGAUUUGAGGCAUCCGAUUUGACUUCUCUAUGAGGCUCAUGUAAUUACUUUCGGUAGAACGUUCUUGCAUUUCUGAAUUAAAAAGCUAACAGAAGUUUUAAUUAGAAAGCAAUUCUAUGAGAAAGUUCUGAGUGUUCAGAAAAAGACUAAUUACAUCUGAAUUAGAUCAUUAGAAAAUAUCAGUGUGGAUCAGCUAAGAACUUAUUUAAACCUGGAUGGAAUGAAUGCGUACAGAUGAAGAGUCAUUGCACUAAAAUUCAAGUUCUAUGUUUCGAAAAAUAAUUUCUUAUGACUGACAUUUGACGAAUUUUUUCCGGUAAAGAGUUUCCAGAACAUAGAAAAUCCCGUUUUCCCAUAUUUCCUGAGAUGUGCUCCGACAUUUGCGAGUUCCUAAAUACCGCAGUAAAGGUAAAUGACUCCCUUGAAUAGAAACAUUAGAUUCUUUUCACUACUAAGCGAACUUUUCCUAAUAUGAAACCCCAAGAAACUGAAGAAUAAAUGAAAAGAAGCCUUGCGCCAAAUUGCUCCCCGUUCCCUACAAAAAUCUCAUGACAAGGCUACGAAUACUCGACGGAAAAGCACUUGGUAUUUGGUGAGGUCGAUUAAUGAGAUCUCGUCCGCCUCCGAAAUAUGGUAAUAUCAAUAACUGGAACGUUGUGACCUCCUCUAUCUAGCAUAAUGGUUCGUCGUAAAAGAAAGAGACUUUGUAGACUUAUUUUGACAAUUUGCGUUACAGUAUUUUGUGUCGGAGUACUACUUAAGGCUGCAGUGACAACAUUUGAGAUUCGACCUUUUAUUAUGGUCGACGGCAGACAUUCACCGGGGAGUGGUUCAGUCUUAUCCAGCAUGUCUGCAUAUCACCAUAAAAAGACGCCAGAAAAGAAGUCUUGGUUCAAAGCACAAAACGUUGUUAUUCCACAUGGACCUGGAGAAGAAGGAUCUGCCUUCUUCUUGCCUCCUGAACUGGAGCAUACCAAAGAUGAACUCUACAAAACGAAUGGCUUCAAUGCACUAGUCAGUGAUUUCAUUUCAUUGAACAGAAGUCUGCCAGACAUUAGACAUCCUAGUUGCAAAGUCAAGGAGUACUUAUCAACAUUGCCAAAAGUAAGCUUAGUGAUUCCUUUCCAUAAUGAACACUGGACCACUCUGCUGAGAACAGUGACGAGCGUAAUCAGGAGAUCACCUCCGGAGCUCAUCCAAGAAAUUAUUCUGGUUGAUGAUUAUAGUUCAAAAGAGCCAGAUGAUACUGCUUGA